AUGCGACUGGGUCCCCACGAUCUGCUCGAGUACAAUGCGAGGUACAGGGUGCUAAUCUGCCGAGAUUGCCACUACGCCAUUCAAAAAAAUGCACUGAACAGCCAUUUGCUCCGCCACAAAAUCUACCGUGAAGAAAGGCAGCGCUUGCUGUCCACCAUUAACAACCUUGACAUCGUUGAUCCGGAUGAUCUUAUCCUGCUCACCGCGGAUACAGUACGGAUUGAUGCCCUACCUGUAAUGUCUGGACAUUGCUGUUCUGUGACUGGAUGUAGACAUCUAUGUGCCAGCUCUAAACGCAUGAGGCGUCACUGGAGCGAUGCUCAUGGUGUCCAUGAAUCGAAUGAUUUUUCCUCUCUUGCACGCCCAGUCAAGCUUCAGACAUUCUUCCGCGGUACGAAACUUAGAUAUUUCGAGGUUUCGGUGACAGAAAGUAGUGCAGAGUCACAGCUUUCCAAAACCGAGAGUGGAUAUGGUAGAGAGAGCCCCAGAUUGAACGCAGCGCCAUCACCAGCACAGUCUACACUGCCAAAUUCCGAGUCUUAUCCUGCGGUGGACCUAGAAACAUUGACAUACUUUCAUCACUUUAUCACUGCAACGAAACUGUCACUUCCUGGUGGCGAUGGUUCUUUGUCGGCGUCACAAUACUGGGAGAAGGAGAUUAUUCCACUGGCUCUACAACGACGAUGGAUGAUGUGUGGAAUACUGGCAAUUUCUGCGUACCAUUUAGCCACGCUCGAUGAUGAGAUAACAGCACGAAGAAAUCACUGUGAGCGAGCGAGAAAGCUCCAUUCCGAGUUCUUUGCCGGGUUCAACAUGAUGAUCAACGAUGAUAAGAAUAUAAGGGCCACCGAGGCUUUCCAGAAAGAAAGCAAGGCAGGAAAACAAAUUGGAAGCAUCCUAAACUGCACAAGAUGGACAUUGAAUGGAUUCAGUAUGAGCCAAGAGACUACCCAGGGUACUGCCAAUCUUUCUCAGCUACAGUCUAUUCUCCGAGACAUUCGAAGUACUGUAUCUCCUGAAUCGGCAACUUCUUCAUGCAUAGAGCAGAGCAGAUUUGGGGAUUCUCAGAGAGCCUUGGAUAAGAAUGGCUCCUUAGAAAGCGAGUAUUCAAGGACUAUGCUGCUCAAUCAUAUUGAUAUGCUUCCGUAUCGCAUGGCAGAAAUAUUCGGAAAACCAGAUCACGAGCAAGAUGCCCCCGCCGUUUUACUUGCCAUUGGGACAUUGCACAAAUGCUAUAUUAGCAGUCUUGAAUCUGAUGGGUUGUCAGGAGCGUGGCAGUGUAUGGCCGCGUGGCUGAUCAAGACACCAGAUUAUUUCAACCGCAUGGUCUCGCACCAAAAUUCAGCCGCACUUGUUGUGUUAGCCUACUGGGCCGCCAUUCUGGUUAGACAAGCCGAAACCCGUGGGAAUUGGUUUGUACAUGGUCUCUCUAGGACAGUAUUGUUACAAAUUCGAGCGCAUCUUUCUACAGAUGAUGCGGCUCAAGCUUUAGUUCAAGAGGUGAAGGAGUGGGCUGGAUCUCCGCUUAGAAGCUAG